CCCUUAAACAACUCAUGGGCUUUAUUCAAUAUUUGGGAUUUGUAUAUAUAAAUAUAUGACAUGAUGAGAAAGGCAUUGCUUGGCCUUCUCCUCCAUUGAAGAUUUCACUUCUCCUCUAGCUCUAGCUGAGCCAAUCUUGUUUCUGAAAUGGCCAGAAUUGCCUUCGGUCGCUUUGAUGAUUCUUUUAGCUUAGGCUCUUUUAAAGCCUACAUUGCUGAGUUUAUCUCAACUUUGCUCUUUGUUUUUGCUGGUGUUGGCUCAGCCAUUGCUUACAAUAAGUUGACAGGCAAUGCAGCUCUUGAUCCUGCUGGUCUAGUAGCCAUUGCUGUUUGCCAUGGAUUUGCUCUCUUUGUUGCAGUUGCCGUAGGAGCUAACAUCUCCGGUGGCCAUGUCAACCCUGCUGUUACCUUUGGCUUGGCUCUUGGUGGCCAAAUCACUAUCCUCACUGGCAUCUUCUACUGGAUUGCUCAGCUUCUUGGCUCCAUUGUUGCUUGCUUCCUUCUCAAGGCUGUCACAGGAGGUUUGGCAGUCCCCACACACGGCGUUGCCGCUGGAGUUGGAGCCGUUGAAGGAGUGGUGAUGGAGAUAGUCAUCACAUUUGCUUUGGUAUACACAGUGUAUGCAACCGCAGCUGACCCCAAGAAAGGAUCUUUGGGCAUCAUUGCUCCAAUUGCCAUUGGCUUCAUAGUCGGUGCCAAUAUCCUGGCUGCUGGGCCAUUCUCCGGUGGAUCAAUGAACCCAGCAAGGUCAUUUGGGCCGGCCGUCGCCAGCGGUAACUUCCAUGACAAUUGGAUCUACUGGGUUGGUCCUCUUAUUGGAGGUGGGCUUGCUGGUCUCAUCUAUGGAAACUUGUACAUCCCCAGUGAUCAUGCACCCUUGUCCAAUGAGUUCUAAGUUUGUGCUUCAAAUCAAUUUGUUUCUGUAAUAAAAGAAAAAUGGGAGAUUAUUCUCUUAUUUCUUUUCUUUGCUGGUUUUUUUUUUUUUGAAUAUUUAUUUAUGGGGUCCUUCUUAGUUCAUUUUGCCUUUGUUGUUGUAAAGCCUUGUUUGUGGUUAUCCUUUGAUUAUGGAGAUGUGAUUAUGUGCA